AUGGAUGAAAAUUUCGGUGCUAAGGAAAUUAAAAAGGGCCAAACUCUAAACAGCAAUAAAACCAUAAAGGCUACAGCUAUAAAGGCUACAGCUAUAAAGGCUACAGCUAUAAAGGCUACAGCUAUAAAGGCUACAGCUAUAAAGGCUCCAGCUAUAAAGGCUACAGCUAUAAAGGCUACAGCUAUAAAGGCUACAGCUAUAAAGGCUACAGCUAUAAAGGCUACAGCUAUAAAGGCUACUGUUAUAAAGGCUACAGCUAUAAAGGCUACAGCUAUAAAGGCUACAGCUAUAAAGGCUACAGCUAUAAAGGCUACUGUUAUAAAGGCUACAGCUAUAAAGGCUACUGUUAUAAAGGCUACAGCUAUAAAGGCUACAGCUAUAAAGGCUACAGCUAUAAAGGCUACAGCUAUAAAGGCUACAGCUAUAAAGGCUACAUCUAUAAAGGCUACAGCUAUAAAGGCUACAGCUAUAAAGGCUACAGCUAUAAAGGCUACAGCUAUAAAGGCUACAGCUAUAAAGGCUACAGCUAUAAAGGCUACAGUUAUAAAGGCUACAGCUAUAAAGGCUGCGUCGUCGGCAAAAAGAAGACUGUACUGUUCUCCUGCACAGUGUGCGGUAGAAUUUGUCGCUUCAGAAUUGGCUUGCAUAAAAAUGCAUGACUGCGACAAUGAUAGUCAUGAGUUGUCUGAAAUAGACGUAUAAUACGGCCUAUGAUGAUGAUCAUGACACAUCUACUCACUGCCGCACACUCAUAAGAAACAAAUCAAUGUCUACUAUCCGGCCACCGUGGUCCAGUGGU